CAUACCCCAUCCUACAAUAUAUACAAUGCAUUAGCUUCUCAAUUUGUUGCAUACUCAACUUCAAUAUUUUGAGAAUGAGAGCAGGAAUUUGCAGCGUGCAGCAAGCUCUUACAGCAGAGGCUGCAAGUAUCGUAAAGCAAGCGGUUAGCCUUGCUAGGCGGCGGGGUCAUGCUCAAGUGACUCCUCUUCAUGUGGCAAGUGCUAUGCUAGCAUCCCCUACUGGCCUUCUCAGAAGGGCUUGCCUUCAAUCCCAUUCGCAUCCUCUUCAAUGCAAGGCUUUAGAGCUUUGCUUCAACGUUGCCUUAAAUCGCUUACCUGCCUCAGCUGCGAGUGCGUUAUUAGGUCAUCACUCUUCCUUUCCUUGUCUGUCAAAUGCCUUGGUUGCUGCUUUUAAGCGCGCGCAGGCUCACCAACGACGAGGCUCCAUUGAAAACCAGCAGCAGCCCAUUUUAGCUUUGAAGAUAGAGAUAGAACAGCUUAUUGUGUCUAUACUAGAUGACCCGAGUGUUAGUCGAGUAAUGAGAGAAGCUGGUUUCUCAAGUGUUCAAGUAAAGCAUAAGGUCGAACAAGUUGUUGUUGUUCCUUUGGAGAUUUCAUCAAAAGAAACCAAACCCCAUAAUGUAUCUCAAUCUCUAAUACCUCUAAUUAACAAACCAUUGUCAUUGGAUGUUGAGGAUGAUGUAAUAAGUGUUUUAAAGACAAUGGUGGAGAAAAAGAGACACAUAGUUAUUACAGGAGAAUGUGUAGAGAGUAGUGAAAGUUUAGUGAAGGGAGUGAUGGAGAAGAUUGAGCGAGGUGGUGGUCCUGUGGAGUUGCGAUCGUUGCGGAUGAUAAGCUUUCCUCUCAGUUGUUUGAGAGAUGUUCCAAAAGAAGUGGUGGAGCAGAAGCUAAUGGAGCUUAGGUGCAUAGUGAAGAGGUGUAUAAGUCGAGGAGUUGUUUUAUAUUUGGGUGAUCUCAAAUUGGUUGCUGAGUUUUGGUCAAAUUAUCACGGCGAGCAAAGCAAAAGCUACUACUACAGCCCUUGGGAUCAUAUAAUCAUGGAGCUCAAAAAAUUAGUUGGCGAAGUAGAAAGGUUAUGGCUCAUUGGAGUUGCAACUUUCAAAACUUACUUGAAAUGCAAGGCAGGCCAUCCUUCUCUAGGGACUAUUUGGCAAUUGCAUUCUCUCAAAAUUCCACUUGAUAGCCUCACCCUAAGGCUCAACCUCAACAGUGAAUCUCAAUGUGAGUGUAGAAGCAAUGGAUAUAGUUGGGCGGGCGUUGAAUCAGCCCACGAAAAGAACGAAACUUGCUGCGCAGACUUCUCGAUCAUUCAGCAGAAUACUAGCUCAGGCUUACCUUCAUGGCUAAAGAAGCAUAAGGAAGAGACACAAAGAAUCAGUAUUGAUGAUAAGCAGGAAUUUUGCAUGAAUACAAGACCCCUUUUAAAGAAAUGGAACUCUUUUGGUAGUUCAUCAGUUCAUAAAGAGUCUCAUUAUCCUCACAAAACCAUAAAAUUUGCUUCAUCUCCUGCUUCCCCAAUUUCCAUAUCUUCCCAUGAGUGCAACAACAACUUUCUUUUCGAUUCAGAAAGCAAUCUGAUUAGUAUUGGGAAGCCAGACGUUUUAUCAAAUCCGAAUUCCAGCCCGAAUUCGGCUUCAUCAAGUGAAGCAAUGGGCGAUAUGGAAGGCUUAGAAAACUUCAAGGAGGUGAGUGAUGAAAACAUGAAGAUUCUAUGCAGUAGCUUGGAGGAAAAGGUUCCAGAGCAGAAACAAAUUAUUCCUGAAAUAGCGAAGGUCAUUCUCGAAUGCAGGUCCGGGAUGAGAAAGGGCGAAGAAAGGGAAGAAACUUGGCUCUUCUUCGCGGGUGUUGAUUCCCAAGGAAAAGAGAAGAUUGCACGAGAAUUAGCUACACUUGUUUACGGCUCGAAAGCCAACUUUCUUUCGAUUGGAACGAGCGAUAGGAAGAGGAGGCGAGAUGAGGUGGAUUGGAGUAGUUAUGAUGAGAGACUAGGGCUUGCCUUGAAUGAGAAUCCUCACAGAGUGUUCUUCAUCGAAGACGCGGAGCAGCUUGAUUAUUGCUCUCAAAUGGCAAUCAAAAAAGCUAUUCAAAGCGGCAGAAUAGAUAUUCCCGGAGGUCAAAACGUUCCGCUGAAAGAUGCCAUUGUCAUUUUUAGUUCAGCUAUGGUGAAUAAUCAAGUGAAGGUUGAAGAAGAUAAUCAUCAAGUUAUCUCCCUUGACUUGAAUAUUGCCAUUGAUGUUCCUGAAAAUGCAAUCCUACAAUCUGUUGAUAGCCAAAUUAUUUUCAAAAUUCAAGAAUAGUGAGAGUAGUGCAUGUGCAUGGGGGUAUAAUUACUAAUGAAUUUUUGUUUUAGUUUUAUUUUAUAUAUAUAUGAUUUUGAAGUAGGGUUUGUUUUGUUCGGGGAAAGAAAGAAAUUAAACUAACAUGAAGAUCUUUUUAUUAGGAGAAUGGAGGGUGAUGUACGUAGGCUAAUGUAUGUUUACUAUAUGUUUUUUUUAGCAAAUAUGUAUUUCUUAUAA